CUUGAAUCCUGGGGCAGGAACUCAGAAAACUCCCAGCCCGGGCAGCGCGCGCUUGGUGCAGGACGCGGGAGCGAGCCACUCGUCUCCCUCCGACUCUCGAGUGCCGCCGUCGCCUGCUCCCGCCACCCGAGGAGACGCAGUGCCACCCACUGCUCUGUCCCUUGUUGCGCUCCGUGUCCGACCAGAUUCGGGAGGAAUCUCCCCAUCCUCCCUUUGCUUUCCAUCUGCUCAAGGCACUAUUUCUCUCUCUCCCUCUCCCCCCCCCUUUGCUCUGUGAGCGCGGAGCGGGGGGAAGAGGAGGAGGAAUUCUUUCCCCGCCUAACAUUUCAAGGGACACAAUUCACUCCAAGUCCCUGCCCUUUCCAAGCCGCUUCCGAAGUGCUCCUGGUGCCCGCAACUCCUGAUCCCAAUCCGAGAAAGGAGCCUCUCCAACUUGAAACCCUCUUUUCCUUCUCUUUCGCUUCCCUCCUCCUCUCGCCACCUCCACCUCCACCGCCACCUCCACCUCCGGCACCCACCCACCGCUGCCGCCGCCACCGGCAGCGCCUCCUUCUCUCCUCCUCCUCCUCCCCUCUUCUCUCUUUUUGGCAGCCGCUGGACGUCCGGUGUUGAUGGUGGCAGCGGCGGCCGCCUAAGCAACAGCAGCCCUCGCAGCACGCCAGCUUUCGCUCGCCCUGCCUGCUUCUCCAGCCCCAUCACCCAGUCUCGCGAAAGGUGCUGGGCAGAUUCGGGGCAGCUGAGGCGAAGCGGCUGCAGCGGCGGUAGCAGCGGCGGCAGCGGUAGCGGCGGCGGGAGGCAGGAUGAGCGCACGCGGCGAAGGCGCCGGGCAGCCGUCCACUUCAGCCCAGGGACAACCUGCCGCCCCGGCGCCUCAGAAGAGGGGACGCGGCCGACCCAGGAAGCAGCAGCAAGAGCCAACCGGUGAGCCCUCUCCUAAGAGACCCAGGGGAAGACCUAAAGGCAGCAAAAACAAGAGUCCUUCUAAAGCAGCUCAAAAGAAAGCAGAAGCCACUGGAGAAAAACGGCCAAGAGGCAGACCUAGGAAAUGGCCACAACAAGUUGUUCAGAAGAAGCCUGCUCAGGACAAUGUUGCCUUGCCUGGGAAAGACCAUCCAGGCAAUCUUUUAUGGCUACUGUUCUUUAAAAAUGCUGUUUGGAAGAGAAUUGAAGCUUCUGAACACAUGUAAGGAUCCAAGGAAAGUGUAUUCAAAUAAUUACACACGUACUUUAAGUGGAAUAAAAGCAGAGUUAACA